AUGGGACAUUCUCUAUUUGCUCUGCCAAUUCUGUCCAUGGCGAUUGUGAGCUUUGGAUUCGAAGUAAAUGUUGUUCAUAAAUGGAAAUAUUGUCAGUACGAAUGGAAAAGUGAGCAGCGGAAGGAAGACGCGAUAAGUUCUGGUGCUUACAGCUCCUACAUGAGCAUGUUUAUCAAUGCAGAAAAAGCAAAUAAUGGUAGAGUAUUCGUUACUACGUCAAGAGAAAUUGACCCUAGUUCACCUGCCACUUUGGUGACAGUGACUGAUAAGAAAGGAUCAGGAAGUCCACUUUUACAUCCGUAUCUGUCAUGUGUUAGCGCUGAAGAAGUCGUGUACGACGUAUAGAUAUAAAGCGAUAAACGAAUAGCUAACACACAUUCCACAGCAAUUCACAUAUAACAUUAAAGCAA